AUGCUUCAAAGAACUGGUUGUGGCAUGUCUACAGUAUCUCUAGUAGUAGCAGCUAUAGUCGAGAAGAAAAGGCUUCAAAUGGCUUUAGAUUAUGGAUUAAUUGACAUGCCUCAGGCAACAGUUCCUAUGAGUAUCUGGUGGUUGGUCCCUCAGUACAUAAUGCAGGAUGCCGCUAACGUAUUCUUUAUCGGUAUGCAAGAGUUUUUUUAUGAUCAAGUGCCAAAUGAGUUAAGGAGUGUCGGUCUCGGCCUUUACUCGAGUAUCUUUGGUGUGGGGCAUUUUCUCAGUGGAUUUUUGAUCUCCAUACUAGAUAAGGUAACUAGUGGAAGUGGACGAUACAGUUGGUUUUCAGACAAUCUCAACCGAGCGCUCAUCGACUUCUUCUAUUGGCUUCUUGCAGGACUUGGUGCAUUGGAAUUGAUUAGCUUCAUAUAUAUUUCAAAAUCGUAUAUCUACAAAAGGUAA